CGCUGCUGCUACGAUGUUCAUGGGUGGCGGCGGCGGCGGCGGCUACGAGCGCACCGUCUUUGCUGCCGAGGAACUAUCGCACUUUUGGCGACUGCGAGCCCUGCACAUAGUCGGCUGCAGAGUUAGCCGGCUCGCCUCCAAAGUACUCUCAGGACUUCGGGACUUGAGAAACUUGACGAUUAGUACGGACAGCCUCGGCUACUCGCAACUAGACCAACUGGCCAGUUCAAGCAGUGGCGACAACGCGAGCAAAUUCGCUCUGGAACUGGAAGCCGGCGCCUUCGAGGCCGCCAGCCAGCUCGAGAAGAUCGACCUCUCGCGCAACAACAUGUGGCAGCUGCCCGCCCAGGUAUUCUGCCCGCUCGCCAAUCUCGUCAGUCUUAAUUUGUCCCACAAUCUGCUGGAGGAUCUGCGAGAGCUCAACUUUGGCCAGUCGGCCGCGGGCCUGCGACGCUCCGAGCGCAAGCAGCGCCGAUUGGAUUAUCAAGUUCAGCCGAGGCAGCAGCCGGCCUCGCCCCCGCAGCCGAGCGAUAGCCCUCCGAGCAACGGCAACGGCAACGGCAACGGCAACGGCAACGGCAACGGCUGCUUCCUGGACCUGCGAACGCUGAGCGUGGCCAACAAUCGGGUCUCGCUGCUGCCCUCGCGGGUCUUCGGCUCGCUGCGCCGUCUGAGCAGCCUCGACCUGUCGGGCAACGCCAUCGCCGUGGUCGAGGACGACGCCCUGCACGGCCUCAGAUCGCUCAGGAGCAUCGACCUGUCGGACAAUCGGAUCGUCGCGCUGCCCGUCGACGUCUUCCAGGAGGCCGCCAACAGCCUCAAGGAGCUCAAGCUGCAGAACAACUCGAUCUCGGUGCUGGCGCCCGGCCUCGUCAGCAACAUGAACCAGCUCGUGCUGCUGGACCUGUCGCGCAACGCCCUGACCAGCAGCUGGAUGAGCUCGGCCACGUUCGCCGGCCUCAUCAGACUCGUCCUCCUCGACCUGUCCUUCAACCAGAUCGACCGGCUCGACCCGGCCCUCUUCAAGGACCUCUACACCCUGCAGAUCCUCAAUCUCAAGUACAACGAGAUCGAGGUCAUACCCGCGGACACGUUCGCGCCCAUGAGCAAUCUGCACACCCUCGAGAUAUCGCACAAUCGGCUGCGCUACCUCGACGGCCAGUCGCUCAACGGCCUCUUCGCGCUCUCCCUCCUGGCCAUGAACUACAAUCUGCUGGAGGGCCUGCACCAGGACGCCUUCAAGAACUGCUCGAGCAUCCAGGACGUGCAGCUGUCGGGCAACGCUUUGAACGGCGUGCCGAGCGCCCUGCGCGACAUGGGCAUCCUCAAGAUGCUCGACCUCGGCGAGAAUCGCAUCGAGAGCCUCGAGCGCGCCAACUUCGAGGGCAUGACCGGCCUCUACGGGCUCCGCCUCAUGAACAACUACAUCAGCAAUCUGAGCCGGGACGCCCUCGCCGAGCUGCCCGCCCUGCAGAUCGUCAAUCUGGCCCGCAACAAGAUCGAGCACGUCGACGUGGACGCCUUCAGGGCCAAUCCCAUGCUCCAGGCCAUCAGGCUCGACUGCAACGCCCUCGAGGACUUGAGCUCCUUCUCCAACGUCUCGAGCUUGCUCUGGCUCAACGUCUCGGACAACAUGAUCGAGCACUUUGACUACAAGUACCUGCCCGGCCAGCUGCAGUGGCUGGACUUGCACAAGAACGCCAUCAAGGACUUGGGGGUGGCCGUGGCCUCGGGUCACUCGAGGCUGCAGACGAUCGACGCGAGCUUCAAUCGGCUGAGUCGCGUGGCCGGCCACUCGAUCCCGGCCUCGGUCGAGCUGCUGUUCCUCAACGACAAUCUCAUCCACACGGUCGAGCCGCAGACGUUCGUCGGCAAGCCCAACCUCACCCGAGUCGAUCUCUACGCCAAUCAGAUCGAGCGCAUGGACCUGUCGGCGCUGCAGCUCUCGCAGAUCCCGAUGGAGCGCGAGCUGCCCGAGUUCUACAUAGGCGGCAAUCCCUUCGUCUGCGACUGCACGACCGAGUGGCUGCAGCGCAUCAACCAGCUGGGCCAGCUGCGCCAGCACCCCCGGGUCAUGGACCUCGUGUCGGUCUACUGCCGGCUGCCCUACGACCGCCGGCACAGGUUCGUGCCGCUGCUCGAGGCCAAGCCGUCGCAGUUCCUCUGCGGCUACAGCGCCCACUGCUUCGCCCUCUGCCACUGCUGCGACUUCGACGCCUGCGACUGCGAGAUGACCUGCCCGCAGAACUGCUCCUGCUACCACGACCAGACCUGGUCGGCCAACGUCGUCGACUGCUCGAACGCCGGCUACGCCAAGCUGCCCGGCCGACUGCCCAUGGACGCGACCGAGGUCUACCUCGACGGCAACGAGCUCGGCGAGCUCAACUCGCACGCCUUCAUCGGCCGCAAGAACCUCGAGAUACUCUACGCCAACGACAGCCGCAUCGUCUCGAUACGCAACUACACCUUCAGCGGCCUCAAGCGGCUCCGGGUGCUGCAUCUGGAGAACAACGGCCUGCGGGCGCUCCACGGCAUGGAGUUCGCGCCCCUCGAGGCGCUGCGCGAGCUCUACCUGCAGAACAACCUGCUGAGCCACGUGGACAAUCGCACGUUCGAGCCGCUGCGCCAGCUGGAGAUACUGCGCCUCGAGGCCAAUCGCCUGGCGACCUUCGCCCUCUGGCAGCUCGUCGAGAAUCCCUACCUCGUCGAGGUGGGCAUGGCCGGCAACGCCUGGCACUGCGGCUGCGCCUACCUCGAGCGAGUCCGCCACUGGAUGCUGACGCACCGCGAGAAGAUCGCCGACUGGCGUCAGGCCAGCUGCGCCCUCGGCAUGGAGCUGCUGGCGGCCAACGGCUCGUCGCCGGGCCUGGGCUGCGUCGCCCUCGAGGGCCUGAGCGCGGGGGCCCGUGGCCGAGCCGGAGUCCUCGACGCCCAGCUGCUGGCGCUCAGUCUGGCGGCGGGCCUCCUGCUGGUCGGCCUCCUCGGCCUCGUGUGCGGCGCUCUGCGACACCGCCGCCAGCUGCGAGCCUGGGCGGCCAGUCGCUGCGGCCUCCGAGCCUGCUACAAGACCGCCGCGGCCUUCGAGGAUCGCGAGAAGCCCUUCGACGCCUACAUCUCGUACUCGGCAGUGGACGAGGCCUUCGUCUCGCGGGUCCUCGUGCCAGGCCUCGAGUCGACCUACCGGCUGUGUCUGCACUACCGCGACCUCGGAGCCGGCUCCAGCGUGGCCGAGGCCGUGGCCGAAGCAGCCGACGCGUCGCGCCGCACCAUGCUCGUGCUCUCGCGCAACUUCCUCCACGGCGAGUGGUCGCGCUUCGAGUUCAAGUUGGCCCUGCGCGAGGCGCUCCGGGGCAGGGGCCGCAACGUCAUCCUCAUACUCGUCGGAGGCGUGUGUCCGCGCGACCUCGACGCCGAGCUGCGCCGUCGACUCUCCAGCCACACCGUGCUCGUCUGGGGCGACAAGCUCUUCUGGCAGAAGCUCAGGUUCGCCAUGCCCGAGGUCAGUCCGGUGCUGGAGAGGCCCCCGUCGCUGCCGACACCUCCGCCGCCGCCCCAGCAUCUGUGGGCGUGAGACGAUCGCCCGCGAUACUGUCGCAGCUGUUCGAAUACAAGCACUAUUGAUCUUAAAUCAACAAAAACAAAUUACGAAUUGACAGACGGAUCAAUUUUAGAAUCGUCAACUUUAAGUAGUAUACAUAAAACG